AUGGCGACGACGCAUGUUUGCUCGAACGACGUCAGAUGGCACACCAAUGCACUGACUCGGAUGGCGAUGGACACAGCUGGACAAAACAAUUAUGUGCACACCAACAAUAAUGUAAUGUUCGAACGUCUUGCCACCCAGUGUGGUUUUCAGAAACAUUUUAUGUCAAGUGACCACGCUGAUUGCCUAUGCUCUGAUUGUGGCAUGGACAGUGAUGCGGAUGGAGAGUUUGCCGAAUCUGCGACCACUCCCAAUACUACCCAUCUGAAUGCGAAUACAAACGGGGUAGCAACCAAAGACGCGCACGGAAGGGCUGCAAGAAACAAGACAGACGGGACAGGCUUCAAGACGGUGUCUGUGGAUGAGACAGAGAUCCAGCUGGAUACUGUCGGUCUGUCGUUGUCCGGCUCUGGCAUGCAUCUGUAUGUAAAAGCGGACACCGAUGAGAAAAAGAAGUUGCUGGCAGACACCUACGUUCAGCUAACAGCAAAACCAAUGAAGGAAAAAGGCAGCAGAAAUCGAAACGUCAUGAAAUUAUCGACUUUGACCAGUGAUAAUGCCGAUUCAGAAGACUACUACCAAGAGAUUAACAAGAAGAGUUCAGAAGAUAACGACUCCUACUGGAAGGACACGACAAGGUAUGACAAACAAACAAUCAAAGUCUUCAGAACUAAUGACGUGCAAGGGGAGCAGCUUUCCCUGCUGAACAGCUCCCCACAAACAUUUGAGGAAUGCACACAUACAUGCAGGGAAUGUGGUCAGUGUAAGAAAGCAUAUGCUUCUAAUCACAGGAAACUUCCAGCAAGAGAAGAAAUCAAUAGAAAAACUGUCAGUAAGAAAAUAACGCCCAUGUUAGACAAAUUUAAUUCACAAGAGAUGGUUUCAAAGAAUAACAAGUUCUACGGGAGAGACUCCGUUUACGAAAACAAGAAACAUAACAAUCAACAAACAUAUUCACAUACUUAUGAUACUCUCAAGAGACAAAAGGCAGAAGACCUUGGAGCAAACUACCAACACAAGAGAAGUAAAUAUGCAGAUCCACAAGUUUACAGACAAAAGAAACAACAAUUAAUGCUGCUAAAUAAUCACAAUCACUCCAGCAACAAUGACGACAAUAUAGCAUACGAAACUGGAUGUGAAAAUAGAAGGAAAAGCAGGAAAAUGAACCUGAUGACCUCUCCUAUGCCAUGCCAAAGAAACGACAAUAAUCAUGGAACAUUUAUGGUAAAUAACGAGUUAACCUGUAAUGCUGCAGGUAUUCAAACAGAACCUACAUGCUCAGCAUCGACUAAACAAGUGUCUCCCAUGUCCAUUCCUUAUUCCACUUACUCCAAUUCAGCUGCUUAUGAGGGUGUUUCUCUGUCCAACUUUAUCGACUAUGCUGACAAUAUUCGCAAAAACCUUAAGGAGGACUAUAGGAAUAUUAGCAAUUUAAUUAAAGAGUUCAGUGAUGAAAUGCAGGAAAGAAACAAUAAUGGUAGCUCACAGAUUGAGACAGUGAAGUCUAAGAAGGACAGAAAGACCAAAAACAGCAAGGAAAAUUGCGUAGUAAUGUAA